AUGAUUCAGAUAGCUAAGGAGAAGCGAUCACAGGCCAAUGUGUUAAAGAUACUCUUUAAGCCCGGCCGUAGUGCUCCCGGGGACCUUUCCCAGAGGAGCCAGGUUUUCUCUGCCCCCGGCUCUCCCUCCGAACCGGCGCCCGACGCCUCCCCCUCCCGGGGACUUUGGAUCCCGCAGGAAUCUCCUGCAGUUGCGCUAAUGGGUGGAACGUCCGUUCACAGCCCUUUGUGCGUUUGCGUCCCCAGCGUGUGUCGCUUAUGGAGGGAGUGUGUGCGCAGAGUGUUGCGGACCCAUCGGAGUGUGACCUGGAUCUCCGCGCGCUUGGCGAUUGCCGGCCACCUGGAGGAGCAUUGCUUGGUCCGCGUGGUAGCUGAAAAGCUUGUGACGCCAAUGGGAUCAAGUAGCAAUCCACCUCAGGAAAUAGAAAUUGGAGAAUCUGGUUUUGCUCUAUUAUUUCCUCAAAUUGAAGGAAUAAAAAUAAAACCCUUUCAUUUUAUUAUGGAUCCAAAGAAAUUAACACUAGAAAGGCAUCAACUCACUGAAGUAGGUCUUUUAGAUAACCCUGAGCUUCGUGUGGUCCUUGUAUUUGGCUAUAAUUGUUGUAAAGUGGGAGCCAAUAAUUAUCUGCAGCAUGUAGUGAGCACUUUCAGUGAUAUGAAUGUCAUCUUGGCUGGAGGCCAGGUGGACAACCUGGCAUCGCUGACCUCUGAAAAGACCCCUCUGGAUAUUGAUGCCACCGGUGUGGUUGGACUAUCAUUUAGUGGACAUCGUAUCCAGAGUGCCACAGUGCUUCUCAAUGAGGAUGUCAAUGACGAGAAGACUGCUGAGGCUGCGAUGCAGCGCCUCAAAGCAGCCAACAUUCCAGAGCAGAAUACCAUUGGCUUCAUGUUUGCGUGUGUUGGUAGGGGCUUUCAGUAUUAUAGAGACAAGGGGAAUGUGGAGGCUGAUGCAUUUAGAAAGUUUUUUCCUAGUGUUCCUUUAUUUGGCUUCUUUGGAAAUGGAGAAAUUGGAUGUGAUCGCAUAGUCACUGGAAACUUUAUAUUGAAGAAAUGUAAUGAGGUAAAGGAUGAUGAUCUAUUUCACAGCUAUACAACAAUAAUGGCACUAAUUCAUCUUGGGUCAUCUAAAUAAAGCCACCUGUAAAGUGGCUUUCACAAUGUAUAACUUUUGGGUUCUGUCUUUUCCAGAAAAUGGAAACUUGGGAUAUGUAUAUUACAAACAAAAAACUUUAUAUGUAUCUGUUUUGUAGCUUUGACAUUCUGAAGAUUAUUUGGUAGUUUUUAAUAUAUUAGGUGAAGGACAAGUUUGUACAUAAUGUAAUGCAAGACCGGGAGUUGAGAGCUUUUGCAUCAGGCACAAGUGAACCAAUUAUGGCUAUACUGCACCAGAUAUGUAGCUGCUGUGUGAUAGGACUUUAAAUAGUCUUCUGCAUAGGAAGACUGAAAAAGGAUUCAUCAACAGAAAGGAGAUUUAAGACAUUCCAUGACUACCUCUGCAAUGUUAGAUGAUCUUUCAGCAGACUCAUGAAGAUAUUUUUCUCCCUUAAUAAAGGAGAAAAAUACACAGAUGGCUUGGGAAAUUUUUCUCUGCUUUACAAUUUUACCAUUUUUUUCAGAAGCUGUAACAAAUUGCUGACUUUUUACUUAUUUGAUAAAUGUUAAAGAACUAUUUUUGUUUUAGUACUCUAAAGUUGCUUAGUCAAAUAAAUUGCCAAGACUAAUCAGUAUUUUAUUACCUUAUAAGGAAAAAAAUUUUCCUUUUCCCUCAAUAAAGAAAUUGCAACAG